GCUUUGCCAACCUGCGUCCCAUCUCCGAAUUCUUGGACAUCAAGCGUGUCUCCAACGCCCAUCUCCACUGUGCUCUGGCUGAUCGGAGCCACCGGCGUGACUGUCUUCGGCCACGCCGCUUUUAUGGAUAAACCAAUCGAGAAUGCUUUUUCCGAGGAGGCGGUCUAGGUGGUCGGCCGCGAACUCCUUACGGUAUGCCCCGAUGGGGAAGACCACCGGGGGCACGAGUGGGGAGAGAAAACAGACGUGCAGCUCCAUGGGUGGACGGUGCGGCACGGGUCGAGGAGAUUGACAGCGAGGAGGAGGAUGCAUACGCUCGAUCGGCGUAUGCGAGGCAGUCGGCGGGUCGGGACGAGGAUGGAGGGUCUAGGUUGCGCAGGCGGAAGAUGGAUUACGAUGAUUAUGUGGACGAGAUGAAUUCGAUUGAUGGGAUGGACUAUGAUCUGCGUGAGGACAUGGACAGCACAGUGGCGUAUGCGGUUCAGCUAGCCAUGAAGGACAAGGAGGAACGGUUGGUGGAUCAAGCCUUGGAACGGAUUCGACGCGCUCAAAAGCAGGGCCAGAAGAACGUACGACUUUCGGGUCGAGAAAUGGAGGCGCUGGAGCGCAAGCGCAUGCAGGCAAACCGGACUCCUGAUCACGACUACCGGAAUACAAGUCCCCAGGUUUCCCCCGGUGGCAGCCGAUCCUCGAAGCCGCCGGACAGCCCCAGCAGCAAAAGGGGAGCGCAACGGAUGGGGUCCAAUGCCUCGACAGCGAACAAGCAUGGUGUGCCCUCACCGUUAGCCGAGAACAACGCUGCCUAUGCGUUCUGGGCCUGGACCUCGGGGGCCUCUGGCGGGUCCCCAGCUUCUGCACGUUCGCCAUCUGCCCGCACGCCUACAAGCCAAGCACCGCCUCGAUCCCCGCUCCAGCCAGCUUACGCCUUCGACCGCCUGGCUUCCGUCCCUCAAAUUCGCACACCGGUGGGCGUGAAGAGUCCCUCUGUGCGUUCCCUCCCUGACGAUCCACAGUGGGCGCCUCCGUACCCUCCGCCGUAUACAAGAGAACCGCCGCCGUACCCGACCGAUCGUCGACGCCCCGAGCCAACUCCAUAUAUGUCAGGCUACCGCAGUGUCUUUGACGAUUCUGCGCGUAGCAACAGGCGAGGUGUGACUGCUAUGCCGGGGGCUGCGAUGGAGGGGCGUCUCAGUGCAGAGGAAGAAGAGGAGGAAGGAAAUAGUUCCGAUAACAGCGCCAUGGUUGAGCGCCGCGUGGCCGGCAGUACGCCGACACGGGGGCCAAUCGGGCGAGGCAGUCGACCCCGGAGCAGUCGAUCUUGAACCCCCGAAUCGUGCCCUUUCACAACGUUGCUUUCUUUUCUAUCAUGGGCGGCUCAUGUCGCAGCUGAUUUAGCCUUGAAUGUUUCUUGCGUGGAUUCCCAUGGUUGAUUUUCUUGCGCGUAUAAAACGUAAUGGAGUUCGUCUAGAGCGGGUACCUGAAAUGAUACUAUUGAUAGUGAUGAUUUGUUCUCCAAAUCCCAUCUUAGUAAAUGUUAGUAAUGUAACGUGUGGGGAGGUCCCCAAGUAGUAGAUCGUGGUGGCAGUGAUGGUAUCCCUGCUGACGAGGGAAGCGAGACUAACUCGUGAUACAGUUCAUGCAAGUCACCGUGGCUGGUGGCGGAUCCCGAAACCUAAACGGACUGACUAUAAGAAUUGUAUCGACUGUAUAAGACGAUCCGAGCAGAAUUGUGUCUGCCUAGACUAACUGGGCAAACGAUUGGGAGGAUGAGCUAAAAGAAGUCGU